UCAGUUUCCUAAUGCCCCCUCGCAAGGUGCAUAAAAUCUGGAUGCAUCUCUAAGAAAAGGUGCACUCCUAUAAAAUCAUUCGAUGUGGCUGGACCAGCUGUAGUUUUUUGCAUCCCACACAGUAUCUCGCAUCUGUUGGAAAAUCCGUGAGUCUGUUGUCCCCCGAAAGUGUGUGACACUGAGGAUUAGAGUCCGUGUUGUGUGAUUUUGUCACGAAGCUGGUUACCAAAAAGUAUAGGCAAAGAUGGUGUCGCUGAAGUUUAUCGGUGGCUUUGUAUGUUUGUUUGCCAUAGUGGCGGCACAGGACAGUAGUGGAACGCACUCGAGCGUCUUGAGGUCCCUGCGAAAAGUGUACAGUCAGUGUGAGGAUAGUUCGGACUUGGUGCGCUGUUUAAAGGUGCAGGCGGUCAAGCUCACGGAUCGGGCACUUAAGUUGCCCAGCAUCAAGUUGGUCGAUGGCCUUGCGGUGGUGCGAAAAGCUGACAAACCUCAGGAAGUUUCGCGUUCUUUUGACUCCUCUGAGUCCCUGCCCGGACACAAGCUGGACGAGAUCCUAGCACAGAAGACCAGGGAAUUCAUGGAGUCACAUGAGCUGAAAGUCAAUGUACCCAGGCUACUGGCCUAUGGUCAGACCGAAGGUGCACGCUUCGUUGAGGAGGGACGAAAGAAGAUGAAGAAAUACUACGGACCUUUCAUGGGCGCACUCGCUAUCAAGACGGGCAUUCUCACCAUGGCAUACCACUCCAUUGCAAUUGUUGCCGGUAAGGCUCUCAUCAUCGGUAAAAUUGCCCUCAUCAUCAGUGCAAUCAUUGGACUGAAGAAACUGGUGACACCAGAAGGACACGAGAAGACAACAUACGAAAUCGUUAAACACCCCCACAUUUCUCAGAGCCACAGUUACUCGUCUAGUCAUGGGGAGUUUGAGGGACAUGAAUCAGGUGGCCAAUACCACAGGAGUCUCGGCUCGGGUGACUUGAUGAUGCAAGAUCGCGCCUACAGAGCCCAUGUGCCACGAGUCUAAAGCAAUGCCCGUCUCGUCAUUUUUUGAUCACUUUAAAAUAUCGACGAACCUUCCCAACACAAAUCUCCCAUCCACCAUGAUCCAUCCCUCAAUCCCCAAACAUACAUCCUCUCACCAUGUGAUCCUCAACUCUCCUCAAAUGUGGCAACCUCAACCACUGACCUCGGAACCCAUCUCCUUGACCUCGGAACCCAUCCAUCCUCAAAGUCAAAUUAAACAUUGCGGAUAUUCGGAAGAUGAAGAGUCCCUCUCUCCCACGGAUAAGACUAGGAGAAAAGAAGCUAAACAUGAAAAAAUUUCGUAGCGAAAAUGGCACGAUGGCAAAUUGAACUAAUUUAUUUAUUUAUUUGUGUUUUGUAAAGAAAUAAAGAAGACAACUACUUCAUUGAA